GGUGAGCAGUGAGGAUAUCUGCAAUAUAAAAACUGUGCGAAAGAAAGAAACGGGGUUGUUUCCUCGCAGAAGACCAGCGAACAAGAUCGGACGGAGAAAGAAGCUACAGAUGAAUCAGAAGACCGGAGACACAGCCCCGCUGACAAAUUCUGCAUUAUAAAGAGAAUCAACCCAUGUGCCCAGAGAAGACCUGCAACUCUAAACUGAGAAUCUGAAUUUCAUCUGUUGCAUUUUUACCAAGACAACUGAAGUGAACUUGGUCAGUGAACAACCAAUUGCUCUAAGUUUCAGGCUUCUGGAAGUCCUGAACCAACCUCAAUUACACCUCAAAGGUUUCCUUCAACUAUUCAGCCUCUGGAAGCUACCGACUUUUGAAACAUAUGCCAACAAAGUUUCUGUUUUUUAAAUUUAAAUACAUUUUUUUUUUCCAACUUGACCAUUGAAACCCCGAGCAUCAGCGCCUGUCCACUUAGAGGAAGAAAACUGAAGAUUUGCCUUUCACCCAAGAAGACAGUCACUAGUUGUCUACUGAAGAAAUCAUUCCAUUCGGAUUCAUGGUCAUCAUUGUUCCUUUGGACAUAUUAGAGGAAAUCUUCCUACAUGUGCCCCCCCAUGUCGUGGUUUGUGUGUGUCGGUUAGUGUGCCGUCAGUGGAAAGAUGUAGCCGACAGUGAGGCUUUGUGGAGAGAAAGAUGUAGAAGAGAGGGAUUUAAUCUCCGUGAUGCUUCCAAAGUACCCAACAACUGGAGGUUGUUUUACUUCUUGUGCAAGAAAAGGAGAAAUCUCAUAAAAAAUCCAAAAGGAGAAGAUGGAUUUCUUGGUUGGAAAAUAUUAGAGAGUCACGGUGAUGGGUGGAAAAUAGAGGAACCUAUGGUGCCACAUCCAAAUGCUGCAGUCCAAAAAAACUUUGUGACCUCCUAUCAAUUGUGCAAAAAAGAACAGCUGAUUAAUUUGGAGAACGAAGGUUACAUGCCAGGAUUCAUGGAUGAGAUCCAGCCUCACAUCAGAAUAUCUGACUGGUAUGCACCGCGAUGGGAUUGUGGAAGUGUCUAUGAGAUUUCUGUGGCUUUGCUAAAUCACAAGAAAAAAAUUCUCCACAAGUUUAGUCCUGAGAGUAUUUCCUUUCCUCAGUGGAAUGAUCAACAGUGGCAUGAGAUGGUGCAUGUGUUCAAGGACUAUGGACCAGGAGUGAGAUAUGUCCAUUUUAUUCAUGGUGGUCGAGACACACAGUUCUGGGCUGGAUGGUAUGGCAUUCGUGUUACACAAAGCUGUGUUGAAGUAUGUCCAGCAUUGGACACGUAGCUUAUUGAAGUAACUGUGUUAGGAAGACAGCUUUGAAUAUCGUUGUGUAAUUAAUUAAGGAAUUGACUCAACCUUUUAGCCCUCAAAGAUAUUUUCCUUAAAAAAAACAUCCUGCAGGGAACUGAAAGAAAGCAUGUUAUAAAAAUGGGGAUAGUAUAAGAAUAAAGAUUUUAGCUCACAGAAUCUCCUAGACUAAGUGCUUAAUUAUUGUCUUAAAUGUGUCCUUUAGAGGUGCAUGAAAAUAUGUUUAAAUCAACAAAAAACCUUUUUGUCUGCACAAAUAACAUGUAAAACCGUCCUGUAAGCCAAGACCACUAACUUCAUUCCUCCUUUAUUCUGGUUUGCACAUUUAUUUUCUACCAACUGGUUUGCCUUAAAGAGAAUAAUCUUCUCUUUACAUGUCAGCAGAAUGUAUACUCAGGCUAAGACCCGUCCUAUUUACGUGGUGUUAUAAGUUGUCCAAAAACUGCACUUUAUGUGAAUGCAUAUUUUUAGUUUGCAAAAAAAUUGUUUAAUGCAGGCAGAGAUAUAACUUUUAAUUGUACUAUCCAGUUUGAAGUUUGGUCUGUAGCUUGAAAUAAAAUAUCUAUCAUUGCAGUACUUUUUAGGGAGAGUCACUUCUGUUUUUACCAUGUCCUUGUAAACAGUGGACCGUUGCAAAUACAUAUCUCUACAAUGUAAAAGGGUUAUUAUCUUUGAAACAUGUUUGUUUGUAAAGGGCUCAGUUAUACUAUUAUUACGUUAUUUAUGGAAGUCCACUGUAUGCCAAUAUGAUAAUAGGGAUUCUGUUAAAAAUGUACACAGAUUCAAUAAAACAUUCUUUAACAUA